AUGGCGUUGCGACAGCUUAAGGGAGCAGCAAAGUUACAAGAUGUCACACAACUGUUAGAUACGCUCAAACAAGACAUUCAGAAGAAGCAGUUGAUAUCGGCGCAACGAGUUCAAAGUCUUCUUCAACUGCGCCAACAUGGAACUAGUCCCGAUAAUGCCGAGCCAAUAUAUUCUAGUGAUGGUAUCGGAAUAUUGGCGCGUUAUGGAGUCGAGGGUGAGACGGUCAACGAGCGACGUGCUGCUUUGCGAUGCAUUGCCAAUGCUCUUCUCCUCGAUGAGAGUAUGCGUCAGGUCUUCGUAGACACGGGAUAUGCCGGAAAACUGGCAGAGGUACUCAAGACCAACAACUCAGAAGAUGAGAUGAUCACAAGUCGAAUCCUGUUUCUAUCGACCUACAACACCGACCUGGAUUACAAGAACCUGAUAGAUAAUCACUCAUUGGCUGAUAAUGUCAACUAUCAACUGGCAAGGCACGCAAAACAAUUCUCCGAGCCUGGGAGACAGUCUUUGCCUCAAAUCGAUGAAUUGGCACUUACCGAUACUCUCAAGCUGGUCUUCAACAUCUCCAAGAUCCAUUCCCACGUCACCUUUGCUUUUUCGCCGUCGAUCCCCGAUAUUUUCCAAAUAAUCAAUCACAUUGUUAUUCCCCAAAACCCAUUAGAAGGGCUGCUGAGUGCUCUGAUCAAUUCUCUGUCCGUCCUUGAUAUUGAAGGCGGAAUGGGCAAAUACUUUGAAAAGAGCACCCUUUUCCCAGAUUCCGACCCCAACUGUAACGUGGAAAGUUUGGUCAAGAUCCUUGACCAAGCUAUAUUCGUUUAUGGGCCUCGGGAAUUGGAGGAGAAGGCGAUCCCCAUAUUGCACUCACUUAUUAUAUUACGUGGGCUUGCACCCGAUGGCCCUCGCGAGCGGAUGGAUGCUCUCCUCUUGCCCGAGGACAAAGAUCGCAGUCAGCCGAUCGGAAAUACCGACGCUCUUGCAUCCCAUCUUCUGAAACUUUCAACUGGCCACUGCGAGAACCUCAAAGUCGCAAUUUCCGAACUCAUGUUCGUUCUAUGUGACAAGGACCCUGAGACCCUCACAAAAAGGAUUGGUUACGGUUACGCAGCUGGAUUCCUGGCAUCUCGUGGGCUAGAGAUGCCCAAGAAUUCGAGCGAGUCUGAUGGGUUAGAUUCGGAACUCAACCCUGUCACUGGACAGCGUUGGGCCGCAGAGCCCAAAGAUACAGGACCACCUAUGACUAAUGAGGAGAAGGAGAGAGAAGCAGAAAGGCUGUUUGUGCUGUUUGAGAGGGCAAGAGCAAAUGGAAUUUUGACUAUGGAGAAUCCUGUGGCUCAGGCCGUACGUGAGGGAAGAUUUGAAGAACUGUCUGACGAUGCCGACAGUGACUAA